GAUUUAGAUUAUUAGUUUUCAGACGGACAGACUGCACAUCGAGUUGAAUUUUAGACGAGUGUCGAUAGUUUUAUCGUCGAUGGGAAUACGAACCGCGGACACCGCGAUAUUUACGAACAAAACGUUCAAUACCUAGUCGAACGCUUAGUUUAUCACAGCAAACUUGCUAAUUCUUUCUACAUGAACUACGACCGCGGGAAAAGAAACCGAUUAAUUAUUCGGAAUUGAAUAGAACUCGCGUGUUGUGCGUUGUAUAACACGCGGCAGUUACGCGCGGGCGCUUGCGCUCGAUCGUAAUAAUUCACUAUCAAGGCAGGCGGAGGCGGCGGCGGCGGACGCCCUUGAGCGUUGGGAGGUCGACCGGCGACGACACAGCAUUAAGUUGCACAGCAACCGGCCGCCGAUCGCGUUCGAACUUUUCAAAGGCAGUAGUCGCUAGUAAGUCGAGCUCGGGCGAUGUGCGGCGGCCGAGCAAGUCACAGUGGUCAGACGUAGAGCUGGUCGACCGUCGUCCGACAUGGACCGGAUAUUUCGGGGCAUAAUGAAGUACAGGCGGACGAACAGGGCUAAGAUGGUCGAACAGUUCGUCCAGGUGAAAAACAACCCGGAGCCUAAAGCUUUAUUUUUCACUUGUAUGGACAGCCGUAUGUUGCCAGCCCGAUUUACUGAAACUAAUAUUGGUGAUAUGUUCAUUGUUCGAAAUGCUGGAAAUUUGAUUCCACAUUCGCAACAUUUCCUAGAUGAAUACACUACAUGUGAACCAGCUGCCUUGGAACUAGGAUGUGUACAUAACGAUAUAAGGCAUGUGAUCGUUUGUGGGCAUUCUGAUUGCAAAGCAAUGAACUUAUUGCACCUGCUCAGGGACACGGAAUUUGCUAGUAUCGACAAUCGCCGGAUGUCACCGCUUCGAUCAUGGCUCUGUACUCACGCAAUAUCAUCUUUGGAAAAGUAUCAACAGCUGGAAGCUGCAGGGUUCGACACGCCACUCAUUUUUCAAGCCGAGACACCCUUACGUAGGAUUAUUGCUUACAUUGAUCCGGAAGACAAAUUUUCCGUCACAGAUAAGUUAUCACAGGUUAAUACCCUACAGCAGAUGCAAAAUAUUGCCAGCUACGGUUUCCUUAGGAAGCGUCUAGAGGCGUAUGACCUGCAUAUACACGCUCUAUGGUUCGACAUAUAUACCGGGGAUAUUUACUAUUUUAGUAGACAGAGCAAAAAAUUUGUUGAGAUUAACGAAAAAAACGUGGAUAAACUAGUGGAAGAGGUUUCUAAGUAUUAUGCCUAAGAUAAGGUGAAGUAUAUAUAAUAUAUUUUAUAUAUGUACAUUGUACAUUCAUUCACAUGUACUUGACGCACAAACACAUACACAAACACACGAAGACUUAAUUUGGUGCUUAAUAUUAAUUACAAUUUAAGACUAAAACCGAACAAUUACUAUAUACUAUUUUGCAUAUACAUUCCAAAACGAACAUUCCAACCAAACAAUUAUACACAUUACCGUAGGUACUUAAUUUUAUUUUAUAUACCUGUUAUUGUUAAUUUUUAAUCAAAGGGAUUUUGAAUCUCCGUCUAUAAUGUUAUUUUUAUUUUUCAUAUAUAUUUAUAUAUUAUAUUAUUGUUUUAAAAUUUUUAUCAUUGUUUAAAUUGUAUAAUAUGUGUGAAUAUUAUUUUGUCACCAAUAAAAUAUACCUAAGAGAAA